AUGAACUCCGAAAUUGAACCUCAUAUCACGAAAAAAUAUGAAAUAAAGAAGCGCCUUGGAAAAGGGGCUUAUGGAAUUGUGUGGAAAGCAAUUGACAGACGCUCUGGAGAGGUGGUUGCGGUUAAAAAGAUAUUUGAUGCUUUCAGGAACCAGACUGAUGCCCAGCGCACAUUCAGAGAGAUUAUGUUCCUGCAAGAGUUUGGUGACCACCCAAAUGUCAUUAAACUGCACAAUGUGAUUAAAGCAGAGAAUGACAAGGACAUCUAUCUAGUUUUUGAAUUUAUGGAGACUGACCUCCACAAUGUGAUUAAGCGAGGGAACAUCUUGAAGGAUGUACACAAACAGUAUGUUAUGUACCAGCUGUUCAAGUCUAUGAAGUAUUUACACAGUGGCAACGUUAUCCACAGGGACCUUAAACCAUCCAAUAUUUUGGUAGACAGCGAGUGUGCCGUGAAAUUGUGUGACUUUGGGCUUGCCAGGUCAUUGACACAGAUCGCUAUGGAUGAUGCAGGUGACCCUAAUUUGACAGAAUAUGUAGCCACAAGGUGGUAUCGAGCGCCUGAAAUUCUGUUGGCAUCUCACAAGUACACCAAGGGUGUGGACAUGUGGAGCUUAGGCUGUAUCCUGGGUGAAAUGUUGCUAGGGAAGCCAUUGUUCCCUGGAUCCUCCACCCUCAACCAGAUCGAGAGAAUCAUGGCCUCCAUUCCUCCUCCAUCUAGAGCUGAUAUCGAGAGCUUGAAGUCUGCAUAUGGUGCUUCGGUGUUAGAUAAGGCAGCUUCUGCGGUGGGAAGACACAGGAAACCAUUUGAUGACCUGCUGCCAGAUGCUCCGGCUGAUGGCAUAGACCUGAUGAAGAAACUGUUGCAUUUCAAUCCAAACAAAAGAAUUACUGCUGAUGAAGCUUUAAGACAUCCCUAUGUUCGAAGAUUUCACAACCCAUCAGGGGAGAUCAGUCUCAACUUUGAUGUGCUUCCUCCACUUAGUGAUGAUGUACAGUUAACUGUGGAUGAGUACAGAAGCAAACUAUAUGAGAUGAUUAUUCAGAAAAAAGCUGAAAGACGAAGAAGGCGAAGAGAGGAGGCAAGGAGCGCGGCAAGACGUCAAGAGACAUCCUAUGAUCAUGAUGAUCUCCCUGCUGACCAUAUUUCUGAAGAAAACAACAGCUCAUCGCCCAAACAACCAUCACCAAAACUGGCACACAGACAUGGCCAGACACCUGACCAGCCCUCUCACCAACAGUCUUCAUUUUCAGCAUUUGGGCGCACAAAUAGUCAGGGCUACCAGGCAGUUGGAUCCCAUAGGCAGAAAGUCUUCUCCCGACAGCAGCUGUUAGAACAUGCCCAGUCAUCGCAGGCUGCCAAUGGGGACUAUCAGACACAGAAGAGCAGGCAGACCUCUGCACCAGCAGUUCUCAGAGAUCAAGGGAGGCCAAUCUCAGGAGCAUUCCGAGCUCAAAACAAUCCUGUCAUCACACGAGAUCUCCAGGCACCUGGAGGCAGUGGGUUAAUGGUUUCAAGCUCACGAAUGAUGCCAGGUCAGCGUCCAACUUCAGCCAGUCUGGCAAGAGUCAAACCUGUGUAUGGACGGAAACAGUUCAGCAAUGCCACAAAUAACCCCAGCAGCGGGGCUCCCAAAAACUUGUUUGGCAGCUACACGCAGGCUUACGGCACCAUCUCAUCCACCGGACUGGCAACCAUUCAGGGGAAAAAAUCCUGA